UUUAUAUGUACAAACUUUGAAAGAUACCUAUGGGAAUCUCAAUGAUGAUAUCAUUGCUAAACAAAUAGAAGCUGAUUUCCCACGGUGGUUUGAAGAAUAUGAUAAGGUUGAUUGGCUAGUAGUUAUCAAAACAAAACCAAGGGGAGUUGUUGAUGAUAAACAUACUUUAGAAAUUGCAUAUCAAAUGAAUGAGUUACAAGUUAAUACAACAAUUGAGGAUGAUCCAAUUGGCCACCUACAAGAAGAUGAGGUUGUUGGUGAAGAG